AGGCUUCGGCUCAAGUUGGCCAUGGCUUUUUCGUCCAUGGGGCCAGCUAUGGCCAUGGGCAGGCGGUGCGCCUUGGCCUGGCUGCUUUUGGCUUGCGCUGCGGCGCAGGAUGGAGGCCUGGAGAGGCAUCAGGAUCCCAAGAAAGAAAGACAAUCCAAAGUGAUGAUUGUCGUAUUGCUUCUAGCUUCAGUACUCGUGAUUUGCCUUUGCUACGCCUACCAGAGGUUCACCAAAGGUCGGGAUCAGCUGGCAGCGGUGGAGUUGAAGAGGCUUCAGGAGACGGACUCGUUUCUUCAGAAGAUCCUGUCCAACGCAAGCAUCCAGCAGCUUGAGACCCACAAGUUCCGAGGCAUCACUCGGAAGCUCCAAACGGCCACCUUGGAGUUCCGGGACAUCAAGUGCACCGUGAAGUCCGACUCUGGCAUGGCGGUGGUGCUGGACGACCUCAGCGGCUCCUUCUUGGCGGGCCACCUCUCUGCCAUCAUGGGCCCCUCGGGGAGUGGAAAGACCACCUUCAUCGACGUGCUGACGGGCAAGAAACACACCGACUCCAAGUGGACGGUCACUGGCGACUUGCUCAUCAACGGGGAGAAGCAGAGCAUAGAGUACCUGAAGCCGGUCAUCGGCUUUGUCCCCCAGGAUGACACGGUUCACGAAGGGCUGACGGUCCGGGAGAACAUCACCUUCUCCGCGAUGAAGCGGAUGCCCGCGGGCACCAAGGAGCACAGGAUCCGGAAGAUCACGGACGACGUGAUGCAGGUGCUGCAGCUCGAGUCCAAGCAGAACAUGAUCGUGGGGAACCGGGUCACCACCGGCGAGGGCUUGAGUGGGGGCCAGCGCAAGCGCGUGAACAUUGGCCUGGAGAUCGCAGCGUGCCCGACCAUCCUGUUCCUGGACGAGCCGACCUCCGGUCUGGACUCCAAUAGCUCCCUGGUCUUGGUUCAGCAGCUGAAGCGCCUGGCCAAGCUGGGCAUGACGAUCGUCAUGAUCAUCCAUCAGCCGCGCUACAGCCUCUUCACGCUGCUGGAUGACGUCGUGCUGUUGGGCACCGGAGGCCACCUCGCCUACAUCGGGCCGACCCUCCGGGCCAAGCCCUACUUUGAGCGCCUCGGUUUGAUCAUGCCCGAGAACGAGAACCCCGCAGACUGGAUGAUGGACAUCCUGUGCGGAGAGAUUGACCAGCAGUACUCGAGGAUCCAAAAAGCGGAGCUGCCGGCGAUUCUCUUCGAGUGGUGGAGGCAGAACCCGCACCCCGGGAACGAGCCGCUGCCAAGCGGGCUCAGGCACGGAGAGACCCAUAACCUGGAGCAGCAAGACCGGGACUGCAUCAAGCAGCACCUCAAGGACCACUGGGCAGAGGUGGCCCGUGGCAUCACGGAGCUGGAGGAGGAGCACUUCGCCAAGGUCCUGAAGUCCUGCACUGGGGCGACGCCCUCAGAGGAGGUGGCGGGUGAGAUCAUGCGGCGGGUCGUAAACCUCGACAGCGGCAGUGCGAGCACCUACUUCGACGAGCGAGCCAUGUACAACGCUCGGGAUGCAAAAGGGGAUCCGGACACGGUGCGCCUGAAGUCCUUCAUCCGCUACAUGCUCGCAUUCCGCGGAAUUAGCGCGCCGGAAAUCGCCGCGAUCUCUACAGGCGACUCCGAGACUGAGCAAAGCUCCGACGAGGACCGCCAGGAUGAGGGCUCCGGCGACUCGGGGGAAGACGAGGAGGGCUUCUUCUGCCGGCCACGCCGGCGCUCGAAUCGAUAUGACGACGUGGACAGCGACCUCAUCCGCACCCAAGCAGGGUUCUGUACGCAUCUCCAGUGCACCCUGCGGCAGUCCAUGCUGACCUUUUGGCGCACCAUGGAGAUGAAGAUGCUGUUCCUGCUGGUGAUUUGCUUCGCAGCGGCCUUCCUAGCCGUCUUCGACCGCUUCAUCUUCGAGUCGCCCACUUGGAUGCCGACGACCUUCCUCAAUGCUCAGAUCGCCUUGGCGCUGCUGGUCUCUGUGUACUGCCUUCAGGUCUUUAGUGUGGACCAGCCGAUGUACUGGCGCGAGGCGAGCCACGGGCUCAACCGCUGCGCCUUCCUGGUGGGACGAGCCUUGGUGGACACGCUGGACUGGUGCCUUUUAAUGUUCUUCUUCGUGCUGGUCUACUAUGUCAUUGCCCAGCCUCUCCUCACGUUCAUCAUCUACAUGUGGCCCUUCGUCCUGGUGGCCUAUGUUGCCUCGGGCUGGGGCUACGCCAUCUCCUGCUGCCUGCCGACGUCGAUGGGUGCCUUCAUCAGCGCCAUUUUGGCCUUCGCCAUGGGCGGCAUCCUGGGGCUCCCCAUGCAGAUGGGGGUCUUCUUGAACGGCGGCAUCAUGGAAAUUCUGGUGGACUGCAUCUCCUUCACCCGCUGGAGCGUGCCCAUGGGCUUCCUGGCGUCGAUCGAGAUGAAUCCUCCAGAUCCGCAGUUCCUGCCCGACACCGACAAGUGGCAGCUGACGAUGUACGAAGACGCGUACCGCGGGGCCCACUUCCAGCUGGACACGAAGCAGUCGGUGUGGUGGACUGCGGUGCUGGUGCUCAUCCUGCAGGGCAGCCUCUUGCGCGUGGUCGCUUACCUGGGGCUUCGCUUCACCAACCGCGACAGACAGAUCUGAGCGAUCGUCCGCGGAUCGGAUUUGGGGGCGCGGAUCGGAUCUGGG